GAUUUGGAAGUGACAGACGGAGAGGAGGAGGAUUCUGCUUCACCGAUGAAGCAGCAACAAGUGUGUCGGAGUGAAACUGGGAUUGUAACGCAGUAAAAAGCGGACUUUUGGGAAUAUUUACUCUGGAGUUYCGGAGCUGAAUGUAGCGGGACUGACGGAGUUUGUGGACCGCUCUGACCCGGAGGUAUCAUGGCUGCCGCGCUUGCUGAGCUUCCCUCCUAGACCCUGCCGGAUUCCCAACCCGACCCGUCACCYYAUCCACUCAUAAAGCCCAGAGAGCGCAGCAUGACGACCUCCCAGCUGAACGGCCAUGUUGGGGAGGGCGGAGGAGGGCGGGGAGCGGACGAAGAGCUGCGAGGAGGCCAGCCGCCCCGGGAGAUGGCUGUGGACUGUCCCUCAGAGCUGGGGGCCCGCACGCUGCCGCUGCGCCGCUCUGCCCAGCUGGAGAGGAUCCGGCAGCACCAGGAGGAUCUUCGGCGCCGGCGAGAGGAGGAGGGCCGGCAGCUGGACCUGAACGCCUCGCUGCGUCUCAGGAAGCUGGCCCAGAACCCGCACGCCGUCGGCAUCGACAACCCCACCUUCCUGCAGGACACGCUUGUCCCGCCUCAGAGCCAGAGCCAGGCGCUGCUGGAGCUGGAGGAGCUGCUGCUGUCCCUGAAGCAGGUCCGGAGCUGCCUGUCCGACCAGCAGAGCCAGAACGACGUGGAGCUGGUUCUGGCUCUGCUCAGCAAGUCGGAUUUCCAGUCRGCUCUGAGGAUCCACAACGCCGUGGCGUCCAGCAUGCAGCAGCCGACUCCACCGUUCCCGCUGACCCAGCAGGCGCUGCCGCUGGCCCUGGAGGUGAGGAGCCUGGUGCAAGCCAGCCAGAGUAAAGACGGCCUGGAGCUGCUCGGUCUGCUGUCCGACACCCAGCUGCAGGCGCUGCUGCAGGCUCACGACGGCGUGGCAGAGAGAGAGAUGGAGCCGGAGUCCGAUUCGAUGGAAGGAGAAACUGUGACCCAGUGGGGCGGAGAGACCGUGAAGAUCGUCCGCAUCGAGAAGGCUCGAGACGUUCCCCUGGGGGCGACUGUUCGAAACGAGAUGGACAGCGUGAUCAUCAGUCGCAUCGUCCGGGGAGGAGCAGCCGAACGCAGCGGCCUGCUGUCUGAGGGGGACGAGAUCCUGGAGAUCAACGGCGUGGAGAUCAGAGGGAAGGACGUCAACCAGGUGUUUGACAUCCUGGCCGACAUGCACGGCCUCCUGACCUUCGUGUUGAUCCCCAGCGCUCAGACCAAACCGGCGCCGGUCAAGGAGAGCGUGGUCCAUGUGAAGGCCCACUUCGACUACGACCCGUCCGAUGACCCAUACGUGCCGUGCCGAGAGCUGGGCCUGUCCUUCCAGAAAGGAGACAUCCUCCACAUCAUCAGCCAGGCCGACCCCAACUGGUGGCAGGCGUACCGAGACGGCGACGAGGACAACCAGCCGCUGGCCGGACUCGUCCCAGGGAAGAGCUUCCAGCAACAACGGGAGGCCAUGAAGCAAACCAUAGAAGAAGACAAGGAGUCUGAGAAACCUGGAACAGACACCACGCGGAGCCGUCGGGAAGCGGAGGUCAGCGGUAGAGAUUACCACUUUGUGUCCCGCCAGGCGUUUGAAGCAGAGCUGGCGGCAGGGAAGCUCAUCGAGUCGGGCGAGUUUGAGAGGAACCUGUACGGGACGAGCAGCGACUCGGUGCGGCAGGUCAUCAACGCCGGGAAGAUCUGCCUGCUGUGUCUGCACACACAGGCCCUGAAGGUGCUGCGCAGCUCCGACCUGAAGCCCUACAUCAUCUUCAUCGCCCCGCCGUCCCAGGAGCGGCUGAGAGCGCUGCUGCUAAAGGACGGCAAGAACCCCAAGCCUGAGGAGCUGCGUGACAUCAUCGAGAAGGCGCGUGAGAUGGAGCAGAGCUGCGGCCAUCUUUUCGACGCGGUCAUCGUGAACACGGACCCGGACCGGGCGUACGGCGAGCUGCUGCGCCUCAUCAACAAGCUGGACACGGAGCCGCAGUGGGUGCCCUGCUCCUGGCUGCGCUGAUGACAUCACAGGUCACACAGUCAACGCUGCACGACCCGGUCCUCAAAUUUAGCCUUCACAGCAUUAGGAGUUAUAUUUCUACACAAAAUCACAGAGAAACCUGAGCACAUUUCUGAAGUUAUGAAAUUUGAUGUUCAGAGCAGAAAAUGUUUCCUCCAGGUUUUCCUGAACGAGCCAAACUCUUUAUUCAAAACCAGAAAUCACAGAAAACAACUAAAUCAACAAGGGAAAAUGUAAACAACUCUCUAAACCCAAAUUUCCUGAGAAAUUGCUCCAGAAAAUGAUUUUUCUUUCAAAAAUCUUUGUAUUUUUUGUGUAAAUUUUUGUCGGACCCAUUCUUGAUUUGUCAUAAAUGUAUUUAAGUUUA